AUUUAACUGGCAUUUCGUUUUAUUCACGGCCAGGAGUUGCUGUUUUAAUUGGGAAGCCCAUUUUUUUUUGUUUUUUGGUGGUGGAGCGGGGGAGAGAAAGGAGGAGAGAGGAGAAGAAAAAAACCCUCCUAAAGGAAGGAAGAAAGUGGGGGAGAAAAAGGAGAAGGCGGAAAAAAAAGUGAGGAGGGUUUCUUGAAACAGACGGCGCACAUUUUCUUGUUGUUUUGGAGAAGUUCGAGCUCCUCCAUAUUGGAGAGCAAAAGGACGAGCAGCAGCAACAACCCGCCGCCGCCGCCGCCGCCGCCGAGCGAGGAGGAUAAAACACCCACCGCUAAACCCCACGGCCUCGGCACGACGACGACGACAAACAAACUCACUCCUCGUCUUUUUCUCCACCUCUCCGUUGGCGACCAGGAGGAUUUUUUUGUUUGCGUGGGAACAGAAGAGAGAGGGAGAGAGAGAGAGAUAUAAAUAAUUCUCCUCAGCACACACUCACCGGACAGCCUGGCGUCUCCUCUCCCGGGCCGCGCCAAGGCGGUUAUUUUUUGAAUCUUGGUUUUAUAAUAUAUAUAUAAUCUCCACCCAUCAACGUUAAUCUAAAUGGUGGACUGACUUCAACAUUUUUUUUUAUAUUAAUCCUCUGUGUGGAAGAAUCGUUUUUUUUUUUUUACACACACACGAAAAAAAGUUGCAAGGGAAAUAUAUUUCCUGUAAUUUUUUUCGCUCUAAGGACGUGGCCUCCUCUUUCUGGCUAGUAUCUAUUGUAUAACAAUAUACAGUAUUAUUAAUUUUUUUUUUCCUCGAGGGGGGCUUUUUUUUCUGGGGGGUGGGGGUUAUUUUUUCGGUGCAUUUUCUGAAGGAGAGAGAGGCGAGGGCCCGGCGGCCGAGGGCUUGUUCGAUGGACAGCACGUCCAUUAUAACGCAGGUCUGCAAAGAGGAUGAGAUUAUUUCAUCGUCCCAGGAAAAAGUUUCUCAGAGCGGCCUCAGCUUGAAGAAGCAGAGGAGUCGGAGCUUUUUCAGCUCGUUCUUCUGCUGCUUUCGCGACUACAAUGUGGAAUCGGCAAACAUCAACAGCAACAGCAAUGUUCAGUCCCCAGCGGUGGAGGAGAAUGGGUCGGUCGCUAAGUCUGACCAGGUGCAGGUCAUCCCCAGUCCUGGUCCUCCAGCCAAAUACCUCUUACCAGAGAUGCGAGUGUCUGAUGUUGGAAGGAAAUGUGUAGUGAUCGACUUAGAUGAAACCUUAGUACAUAGUUCCUUUAAGCCUAUUAACAAUGCUGAUUUCAUUGUUCCUGUUGAGAUAGAUGGGACUGUUCACCAGGUUUAUGUGUUGAAAAGGCCGCAUGUCGACUUAUUCCUGCAGAAGAUGGGGCAGCUCUUCGAAUGUGUUCUCUUCACAGCCAGUCUAGCCAAGUAUGCAGAUCCGGUGGCAGACCUGCUGGAUCGCUGGGGCGUCUUCAGGGCCAGGCUCUUCAGAGAAUCGUGCGUUUUCCACAGAGGAAACUACGUGAAAGACCUUAGUCGACUAGGGAGGGACUUGAGUAAGGUCAUAAUUGUGGAUAACUCACCGGCAUCCUACAUCUUCCACCCCGAAAACGCAGUGCCUGUGCAGUCGUGGUUCGACGACAUGUCGGACACAGAGUUGUAUGAUCUGAUCCCAUUCUUUGAAGGACUGAGCAAAGAGGAGGAUGUUUACACUAUGCUGCAGAACCUCCGUGGCAGGAGCAGGAAGCAAUCUGCAAUCGGGAAGCACUUCAGCACCUGCUGCCCUGAGUUCGCUGCGAACAAGGUGACAUGCGGUCUCAGCCUCUGCCAGCCUGGCGCCAGAAACUCACCCGCGACCAGACGUCGAGGAAACAACUACCAUUUUAAAAAGAAAUACAUCACACUUACACCACGUGGAAAACCAGGAGAAAUAUCCGCUGCAGACUGUGGUUUGAAUAUCAAUCUUCUUCUUUCCGCCUACCAAAAAACAAAACACAAGUAUUUGGGCAGUUCUGUGAUACUUUUUAAAGUUUUUUUUCCUCUUUGGUUUUCGUUUCGCAGAUAUUGCUAUGCAGACAGUCACUCUGAUCUACAGUAGCUGAUCUGAUUCUGUGAUCUCCUUUUUGCAGAAUGAAGUGCCUUUUUGAAAACAAAAUUGAUAAUUUUAGACGAGAAAAAAAAAAAAAAGCAGACUUAAUUUUUUUGUACACCGCAUAUUCCAGAGAUCUUUUAUCUUUUAAUGACUGUAUGUUUUAAAACAAAAAAAAACAAAAAUUAAUCUUUAUGAGCACUGUUAUUUAUGCUGAACACAUUGAAUUCUAAGUGCUGGGUACAAGACUACAGAGCCAUUAGACUUCUAAAUUUUACACCAAUUGGCUUAACAAUAGUUCGUGGCACCAAAUUAUAAUAUUUUUGAAUUGCUAUUUUAAAUAUUGGGAUGGGGUAAGAUUACUCUGUGGCAUCGGUUGCGUUAAGUCACAAUAAGGGAAGCAGAAGUCAUGAUAUGUUGUCACCAGGUACUUGGGAAAUGUCACCCUCCCUGCCAAAGGUCACCAUUUUUCUUUCUAUCCCUCUCUGAUUCCCUUCCCUCCCGUCUGCCAUUGUGUUGCUUCCUUCCUGACACCCCCUCUCUCCCCAAUGGCCCUCCCCAAAGCGAAACCUUCUUGAAACCACCCUGCCACACAGCGGUUGGGCCUUGUGGACUUGCUCUCAAUAAGUUUGUCGUUGGAGAGGAUGGGGGGGGGGGGGGGGGGGGAGGAGGAGGAGGAGGAGACAGGUUCACUUUGGGAGGACAGGUGUUAAUUGCCAUUUUAGUUCAGGAUUGCCUCCUUGCCCCUUCAGCGCUUUAACAUUGCCUCCAGGCGGAGGCUGUGAAGGGAAGGACGGUGAGGAGCUGGGGGGCGGGGAAAGUAGGGGCUUAGGAUGCACAUGCCGCAUAUUCAGUGGGUUUCAGGGAUUUCUUUACCUUCCGAACUUUGCAAAUAGCACCAGUGUUGUUUUACGGAGACACGAGGAACUGCAGAUGCUGGAAUCCUGAGCAAAACACAAAGUGCUGGAGGAACUCAGGGGACCAGGACAGGUUACAUUUCGGGUCUGACGAAGGUUCCCGACUCAAUACAUUGUCUGUCCAUUUCCCUCCGCGGAAGCUGCCUGACCCACUCAGUUCCGCCAGCACUUUGUGUGUUGCCCGUGUUGUUUUACAUUUGAAUCAAACCUUUUCUCCAUGAAUCAGAAGGGAAGCAAUUCUAUUGGAGAGAUUGUGAGAUUUAUCAAGUGUGGGGGUUCAUUUUUUACAAAGUGCCACCAGUUGUCUGGCUGCUUGAUGGUCGGGGGCUGGUCUUUUAUGGAAACUGGGCAUAGAUGGUGACAGGCAGAGAUGGUGUUUCGUUUGUGUCGUCUCCCGUCUCCGAGUGAAUGGACUCACAAGGAACUGCAGAUGCUGCAAUCUUGAGCCAACCACAAAGUGCUGGAGGAACUCAGUGGGCCAGGCAGCGUCUGUGGAGAAGAAGGGCCCCCACCCGAAUCGUCACCUGUCCAUGUUCUUCUCCGGGGAUGCUGCCUGACCCGCUGAGUUACGCGCGCUCUCUGUGUCCCAUCUGUGGAGGGAAUGGGUCGGUGACGUUUCAGGUCUGGACCCUACUUCAGACUGCCCGGAGUGAAGCUAUCCGAUGAACUGGGAGGCCAUGUGAAUGAAUUCCCCACCUCCCUGCACACCUGCGUGAAUAUUGAGAGCUGGGCCUCGCCUGUAUGUGUGUGACUCUCCACAACACAGCCCCUGCCUGCCAGAGCCAAGGUGGCUGGAGAUUCCAGCACCUGCAGUCUCUUGUGUCUCUCAGGCAUCAGUCUCAGCCGGGCAAGAUUCAUGGUGAAGGCGGGGUGGGGGGUGAAAUGGGAAUGAGCGUCCUCCCUCCCAUCUCCACCCAAAUGACCUUGCCUUCUGGUGGCCACCCCUGGCCACACCACCGCCACCAGCAGAAGGUUGGGCAAUCCGGGGCUGUCCACCACACAUGAGCACGGGAGGGGAGGACGAGCUCCUGGCUACCAGCGGCUGGUGAUAGGUGGUGGGAGGCGAUUCCCCACUUCCCAAUGGUGGAUGGCAAGUCGGCGAUCCCUGCAAACGGCCGGGACUCGGACGCUUCUGUCAGAGUUCACCAGUGAGAUGGGAGUCAGAGCAGGGAAACGAGCCCUUCGUACCGCCGUCCGUCCCCAUGCUGGCCCUGCUCCAUACUCAUCCUGUUCGCCGGCACUUGUGACCUCAGCCCAGCGCUCCUCGUCGACUGUAGUGCUGCUACAGAUCCCGGUGAGGGGGGUUGCCGUUCACCGAUCCCGUCUGAGUUGAUCCGGCUCUUCUCCUUGGGUCCGUCGAGGAAGCGAGGCGGGCUGAAUUGGAGCUGGGGUGAGAUUGAGAUGGGCCGGAUGACGGAGCGAUGGCAGAACUGGAAUGAGCAGCGUGGAGAUGGGCGGGAUACAAAGCACCUCCCCCGCUCAAUUGAUUUCCACCCCCUUCCCCCCCAUCCUGACCUUAGUGUUCGCCCUUUCUCCCACUAUCCCCAUCCCACCCCCUCUGCCUCCCACCUUUCUCUCCCACCACGGCCAGUCACCCAUGCCCCCGCCCCACCCUCUCUGCUGGUGUUCCCUCUCUCCGAGCCCCACCAACUGCGGAUACUGGAAUCUGGAGUUAAAAAAAAACAAAAAAAGUGCUGGAGGAACUCAGCCUGUCAGGCAGCAUCUUUGGAGGGAAACGGACAGAGGGCGUUUCGGGUUGGGUCUGACAAGGGUCACUUUAAAAGGUUGGACAGUAUUACAAUCCAUUUUCCAGUCAAGCAGGUAAGUUUAAAGGGAGCAGAACACUGGGAGCUGGAGUAACUCAGCGGGACAGGCAGCAUCAGUGGCGGGAAGGAUCAGGACCCUUCAGACGGGGGAGAAAGUUGGAACGAAGAGGUGGGGGUGGGAGAAGAGUGCGUGUACCUAGAUACUGUGAAAUAUUUAGUUUUGCAUACAUUCUAGUAAGAUCAUACUGUACACACUAUAAGCACAAUAUUACAUAACUAAGGGGGGUGCAGUGUAAAAUACAUUGUCGAUAUCCCCUCAGGCAGUACACCAACAGUUGCUAUGUUUUCGGUGACAUUUUGUCCUUUCGAGUAUAGGCUUCCUCCAAAAAAUAGCGAGCCUUAUCUUGGCCUGAAAGGCCCGUUGUCCUGACGUCGCCACUGGACAUUCAGGUCGACACCCUUCUUCAGUCUGUCUAUUCCCCCACACAACUGUUGCUGGUCCCGCCGAGUUACCCCCGGCAGUCCUGUGGGGAUUUUAAUCCAAUUCCACUCUAAAAGACUGUAUCUGAAUCGUUACCUGCCUCUUGCCACUCAAAGUAGGCUGCACUGCGGACCAAUAUGCGUGGCGCUGGCUCUUCGGCCCACAAUGUUGAUGAUGAACGAUGCCGAGAUCAACUGAUGCCUGCCUGCACCCGAUCCAUAUCCCUCCAUUCCCUGCAAAUCCACGUGCCUAUCUAAAAACCUCUUAAACGCCACAAUCAUCUGCCUCCAUCACCACCCUUAGCAGCCCAUUCCAAGCACACACUAUUCUCUGUGUAUAAACCUCCCUGCUUUAAACGUUGGCCCUCUCACCUGAAAACUAUGCCCUCUAGUCUUUGGCAUUGCCACCCGGGGAAAAAGAUUCUGACUCUCUACCCCAUCUACGGCUCUCAUCGUUUGAAAUGAUGAAAGAGUGGGCCGGGUUUUUGCCAAGUGCUUUUGCUGGGGGUGUAUAUUCCUUGUCCCAAGCGGUUGUCUCUCUGUCCCCAUUCAUCUCAAUCCCUCCGUUCAGCUUUACAUUCAAGGGCAAGAAUGUUUCAUAGUCUGAUGUACCGACAACGGAACAAUGAAAUUCAUACUUGCAGGAGCAUGGUAGACCUAUAACACAAUUAACAGGUAACAUAUACUAUUUUAAAAACUUCAAUAAAUGAAUAACUAAUACUAGUGCAAAGAAAUCCUUGGUUCAAUCCAGACAAUUCCUUAUUUUUUGUCUCAUUUGUCACUGAUGCCACCCAUCUUCCCUUCCACCCCACUUGUAUCCACCUAUCAAUUGCCAGGCUUUGUCCUGCCCCCCCUCCUCUCUUUUCCAGCUUCCUUCCCAUCGGCCUGAAGCAGGGUCCAGACCCGAAAUGUCACCUCUCCGUUCCCUCCACAGAUGCUGCCGGACCUGCUGAGUUCCUGCAGCAUUUUGGAUUAGCCUCAAGAUUCCAGCGUCUGCAGUUCCAUGUGUCUCCGUGUGUCUGCACCUGUGCAGGGUUAGGAAAGGUUUAAAGAUCUCUUGCAUCUCCAGGGUGUGUUGUCUAGGAUGAGGAUUGGUGUGCAAAGCCUGUGCUUUAUGACUGCUUUGAUCCCCCUGGUAUCUGAAAGUAUCGCCCCUCUGUUAGCAAGCCAUCUCCAAAUUCCAAAUUCCAGUUCCUCCCCAUCACUUCAAGCACAAAACCUUCCAUUGCAAUCAGCUUGGGAUCUUGCCCAAAAACACUUCACCUUUCCCCCUCCUCCUCCUCCUCCUCCUCAGCUCUGCCAAUGCCCCAGCUUAAAAGUAAAAGCUUGGCCGUUCUUUUUUCUCCUGUACAUAACAGUGUCUCCAACCAGUGUGGCAUGAUCUGAACUUCACAACACGUCAGUGUCUAGAGGGGGGGGGGGGCACGACGGCUUUUCACUUUCAAGCACUUUGGACUGGGAAUGGUUUUUACAACGCGGGGUAUGUGCCAGGCUCCGAACACUAACGCAAGCACUCGGGCCCAGCCACCGACCUGGCUGUGCUCUCUAACAGUUAUACACAUCGCCGCGAUGCCACUCACUUUCUGUGUAAAGAAACGUAACUCUUCUUUCAGAAUCUGCUUUUCUUCUAUGAGAAACCUCUGCCCUUAUUAGUGUGUAGUCGACAAAAGUGCCAACUUUAUUCAUGCUGCUGCGUGUUGCGCGCGCGUGUGUAUGGUGUGUGUAAGCAUGUGUGUGUGUGUAUGCGGGUGUGCACGUGUGUAUGAGGGUGUGUGCAUGUGCACAUGUGUGUGUAUGCAUGUGUGCACGUGUGUGUGUGUGUGCACGUGUGUGUGUGUGUGUAUGCGUGUGUGCACGUGUGUGUGUUUGCAUGUGUGCCCAAGUGAUCAAAGGACGGGGGAUCGGACCUCAAGGUCACCGUCAUUUCUAGCAUCUUAUUCCCUCUGCGGCAUUAAUUUGGCUGCCGAUAGUUCAUGAUCUGGGUUGGUCUGAGGUAAGACCAUGAGUCCAAGAGCAGAAUUAGGCCAUUCGGCCCAUCGCGUCUGCUCUGCCAUUCAAUCAUGGCUGAUCUAUCUUUCCGUCAACCUCAUUAUUCUGCCUUCUCCCCGUAACCUUUGACGCCCUUGCUAAUCAAGAACCUAUCAACAGUGUGUGUGUGUCUGUACAGUAUAUGAUGGUGUCGAUGUGAGAGGCAGUGUGUGUGUGUGUACAGUAUACCAUGGUGUCAAUGUGAAAGGCAGUGUGUGUGUGUGUCUAAGGCAUACUAUGGUGUCAAUGUGAGAGGCACAUACUCAGCCAGUUAGCUAGACAUCAACUUUUGUUCUUGUUUUAAAGAGUGUAAUAAUAUUCAUCUUUUUUUUUAAUAUAAUUGUGUUGG